AUGGCCAAAUCCGUGAACCCUUGGUCCGCUUGGUUCACCAGCCCUGCAAACCCAUGUCUCAAGAUUAAGGAACUUUGUGCUGCGGACUCUCGCACAAAGAUUGACACCCAACGGGAGAAGACCACAUUUGCUUGUCGAGAGGAACACACUGUCCGCGUUGGGUUCUCGUUGAUUUUCGAACACGAAUAUGCUACCCGAAAAACGGUAGACGCUGAAACAAAAGAGCGCAAGGAAAUUCAGACACUCAUGAAAAUGUUCACGCUUCCGUCCAACGAUCGAUUUCAUUUUGCCUAUACGUAUAUAGCUACCAUAGGUAACAAUAGUAUAAAUGUAUAA